AUGUUUCCUUGGUACAUCCACGAACAAGACGUGCAGCUCACUGGUGGUAUUCCGCUUGUUGGCAGUGGAACGUACGGCACAGUGAGCCAAGGCACGUGGCGCGACCGCAACGGCAUCACCCAUGAGGUCAUCGUGAAGUCGCUCGUUGACAGAAGCUCCGAGUCGGGGGCGUCAUUUUUCAACCAACUGCGGCUCUGGCAGAGAUUGCCAAAGCACCGCAACAUCAUCCGCCUUUUCGGAGGUUCACACCUUGCAAAGCAGCCCUUCUUCGUGUGUGAGAACGCUCCUUACGGGACGAUUGUCCAGUUCCUGAGCGAAGAGGAGAACCGCGGGAUGGUUUGGGGCCUGUUUCUCCAAGUGGCAGAAGGCCUGAAGGCCCUCCAUGACCGGCGCAUCGUCCACGGUGGCUUAAAGGGCAGCGACAUUCUGAUCGGUAAGAACUACACGCCCAAGAUUUCUGACUUUGACUGCUCCCGUAUCCACUCGGUGUCAGCGAGAGAUGGGGGAAAGCGCGCUACGGAGGAGGGCCCGAGAUACAAGUCGGACAUUUACUCUCUUGGUAUGUGCGUCACCGAGGCCAUGGCGCAGGGUCUCCCAUUUGGAACCCACACCGACGAAACCAAAAUCACGGAUAUGAUCAUCGCAGGGGAGCCAUGUGAGCGCCCAACCACAGAAAUGUCGGACGAGGAGUGGGGCGUCAUCAGCCGCCUUAUUGCUGUGAGACGAACGAGCGUCCCGACAUCAACGAGACCAUUGCGCUUCUGCGCAGUCUGGCGCCACCGGCGGGCGUGA